UUACUUCAUCAAUGUAUAAAAGUUGCCGUUUCUUCUCUUAACAACAACUUAUUCAUUAAAACACAUUUCUAUUGCAAAAACUAAACCCAAAUCUUCAAUAGACAAUGAGAUCAAUAUUACUGUCGUGUUUGGUAGUGAUGUGCGGUAUGUAUGCCUACCGGUGCGCUACCAUCAACUUCAGCGCUUGGCGUACGUCAACGGUGUACAAGAAUUUUGACCUCAAAUGCAACUAUACUUUGGUCCGCAAAUCGGAAUUCUUCUCCAGUCUAUCCAUUAUUGUUAACAAUACUAUAUUUUAUAAUUAUAACAACCAAACCAUUAACAACCCGACUUUCUAUAAAAUCAAAGGCAUCGAUAAGAUCGUGAAGAGGACUCCCGGCUAUAUCUCCAUCAAUAACGCCAACAAAACUACAUCCGGUCUCUACAGGUGUCAAGUGAACUACAGUGGGGGCAGAAGUAUUGUCUCAAAUCAAUACAAUAUUACAAUCAACUAAUUAAUAUUGUUUGCCCACUAACUAUACUAUUCUAAUGCUGUAUCUCUAGUCAAACACUGAAUUAAUUAAUGUUAUGAAAUAAAAUUUAUUUAUUAAAUAAAUGAAUAAAUCGCACAUCAAUUAAAA